AUUGUGUGUGUCUCUAUUAGAGAAUAUAUAAUAACAAAAUAAUACUCCAACAAUGUCCAUGGCAUAAAUAAUUGUGCUAUCAAUUCCAACAAAACCAUCCAUGCAUCGAGACAAUACAUUAUUAUUGUAGUGAAAAUCAAAUUAUGUCACUUUUCUCACUUCUCCCAACUUUCUCCAUUUUAGGAAAAGUUUGCAACGCAUGCUUGCUGAUUCAACAAAAUUGGUUUAUUAUCAAAAUUUGUGACUUCAACUUUUCUCAUAAUUCAAUAUCAAUCAAAAUAAGUUCUUUUAUACUUUACUCAUGAGUCAAUCUUUUUCCAACCAUAACCCACUUCUCAACUAUCUCUCAAACACACACUAAAGCUCUUUUCUUCUGUCAAUCAUCAUGUCAUUUACAAAAGGCCCAAGUUUUAGGAUAAUAAUAGUGCAAGAUAAGAAAUCAUAUAAGAUUCCAAAGCUUUAUAGGGAGAAAUAUUGGAAAGGAAUUCCAAACCCAAUAAUCCUAAGACUCCGAAAUGGUUUUGAACAAGAAAUAUCUUGGGUGGAAAGAAAUGGUGAAAUUUUGUUUCAAAAAAAUUGGAAAACUUUUUCAAAGCAUGUGAAUUUGAGCCAUGGAUGUGUCUUAACUUUCAAAUACAUAGGUGGAUCACAUUUUAAGGUUAAGGUAUUUGGUCCUAAAUGUUUAGAAAUAAACUAUUCAAAAAUAAACUCUGAAAAUGAAGAACAUGUUGAAGCUAGAGAAAAAGCUAAGGAAAUUAUUGAAGAAGUGAGUGAUGAAAUACCAAUGCAAGCUCAAAGGAAAAGAAAUGGCAAGAGAAAAUUCCAAGGUAGGAACAGAGGGAAUAUGGUGAAGAAGGUUAAAAAGUACCCAACAAAUGAAGAUGUUAAUGUUGAGAAUCCAUUUUUUGAAGUUGUAAUGACAAACUUUUAUGUCAAAGGAUAUUUCCUGUGGAUACAAAAUCAGUUUUCAAGAGAAUACUUAAACAAUUUUAGAGGCAUUGCAACCCUAAGGGUUGGUAAGGACACCCCUAUGGAAGUGAAAAUAAGGUUUGAUGAUAACUAUAAAAAAGCUAUGAUGUGUGCUGGUUGGAAGCUUUUUAGCAAAAAAUAUAAUUUGCAAGUUGAUGAUACUUGUAAGUUUGUGAUGACUCAACGCCGACCACCUUCGUUCAUUGUUAUUAUUAAUCGAGCUAGAAAAGGAAAAGGGAUCUCUUGUGAUAAUAAUAUUGCAAAGAGGAGAUACCUUGGAGGAACUUCUAGGAGCCGUCCAAGAGUAUAUUAUGUUGAGGAUUCAGAAAGUGGUAUUAUGGUGAAACAUUUCAAAUUCAAGAUUUAUGUGAAAGACGAUUACAAUUAUCCUAGUUUACCAAUGGAGUUUAUGAAUAUAGUAGGAUGUGAUAAGAAUGUGAAUGUGGAGUUGAAAAUGGGGAGAAGAUCGUGGUUCGUAAAAGUGAAUUAUUUUGAUAGUAUGAAAAGCAGUAGAUUUGGUAAAGGAUGGAGACCAUUUAUUCAAGAAUGCAAUUUAAUUGGGGAAAUUUGUUCCUUUAAUUUAAUUGAUGAGAUAAAUUUGGUAUUUAAUGUUUCAGUUGUAAGAAAAACACAUUGAGUUGUUUGAUGUGUUGUUCUUUUAUGCUUUGUAUGAAAGUUUUUAAGUCCUUGAUGUUAUUU